GUUUAUGACAGCAUUUAGAGAAAAGCUUAUCUCCAAACUAAAAUUCCAUUUGUGGCACACAUUAAUUCCCCUAUUUCUAAAUUCUUACCCACAAAUGAGAACCUCCUGCUGGAUGCAGAGUACCCGUCUCCAUGCUAAAAAUGAUGUCUCUUGCCCUAAGGCCGGUUCAGCCUGUGUGCUGUUUAAAGUGGAAGCCAUUCAAUGUCAGCAAAUACAAUGGCUAUAAGCUGUCUCUAAAGCAGAGGCCAAUAAAGCUUAGAGGCAGUCACCAUGUUAUUUUAGCUACCGCAGGGCAGCUACAACCACUGGAUUUAACCGAAGAAAAUGUUAAUCAAGUACUCGUUGAGGCCAAAUCCGAGUUCAUGCAGCUUUUUGAUCCUGCAGUGGGCAUCACAGAGCUUGCAGAGUUAGAUGGGCCCUUUCUGAAGCUCCGUCUAAAGGGCCGAUUUUGGCACAAAAGAUCCACAGUGCUGGCGAGGCUUGGCACUUACUUACAGAAGAGAAUACCUGAAAUUUUGGAAGUGGAUAUAGAAGAUGAAGCUCAAUUGGAUGACAGUCCUGAGAAUUUUUAAGGUUCUCCUCUCCUGCAGAACUUUACUGCUUGAAUUUGUCAGAGAAGGCCUUUAUUCAACAAGAAAGAAUAUAUAUUAACACCGAAAAGUUGAACAAAUCAAGAAAUGCGCAAGUGAGAUACUGCAAUAGGAGGUAUUGUAGUCUACUUUUUCUUUGAACAACUAGCAGCCUAGUGUGGAAAUUAGUUGGCGAUCUAGUGUUAUAUGAGGAGCAAUUCACAACAUUGAUAAAGGAAUUGUUUGUAACAGUAUUCUGGUUGGCUUGUUACUAAACUUUAAUGAAUUCAAACAAGUAUUUUGGGUAGUUUUGCAAUAUAAGAUCAUUAGUUUCAAGAUAAGCUGUAACAGUCUUUGUCUAAAAAUGUCAAGAACAACCUGCCUGAUAUUCAGCUCCAAGUGAGAAGACCUUUUUUGCUAGUUUACAAAGAUAUUUCACUUGUAUACUUGGCUGUUUAUUCGGUCUUUCAGCUUUAAACCAUCAUUCAAACUUCUAAUAUAGGUUGUGCUUCUUGUUGUCAAAUA